GUUUGUUUACAUUUUUUGUACAUAUAGUUGUUCUACAGUUGUGGUAAAAACUUUUAGGACAAAAGAUGUCUUCAGAUGAAGAGGAUUACAUGUCCGAUAAAUUCCUAGAAAAGAAUCUGCCAAAUAUUCGUCCGGGAUUAAUCAAAAACAGAGAGCGUCAGCGAGAAGUAGAAGUUCAAGCAAAGAAAGCGAAAAUCGACGAGGAGACGAGGAACAGGAACAAACCCAAACAAGUUAUGGAAAAAGAGCGCCUCCAGGAAGGCCUAAGCAGCGCUAUAAGUAGUGAUAACAAAGGAUUCGCCCUUCUAGCAAAGAUGGGUUAUAAGCAGGGGCAAGCUAUUGGGAAGACUGGAAAUCAGGGCAUUGUUGAACCAAUUGGGAUAACCGUCAAAUCUGGCCGUGGUGGAUUAGGAAGAGAAGCUGCGUUGAAACAACUAGAGGAAAGAAAAAGAGAAAUUCUUCGACAGAGGCUCCUGGCAAAAGGAGAUACUGAACCCACCUCCGCUGAGGAGUUUAGAAAUAGAAUGUUUCGAAAAGCGGAGAAUCGACAAAUUGAGGCAGAUUUGGGGAAAUGUCAACGCACAUGUGAGAGACUUGAUCUUUCAUUGGAAAUUACAGAACCAGAAAUGGAGUGGUUCUGGCCGCCAAAACCUAAGGAAAAAGAGGAAACCGAAGAAGAUGAGAAUGAUGAAGAAUCAGAAGAAGAUGAAGAGGAAGAUUUUGAACCUGCAGAGAAGUUGGAGAUGCUUACAAACUACGUAAGAUCUAUGCAUCUUUAUUGCCACUGGUGCGGUGUGAAGUAUAACGAUGUGGAUGAUCUUGUAAACAGCUGUCCGGGAGUAACCAAAGAUGACCACUAAAUUUCAUCAGAGUCACCCAAAACGAUAAAUCCAAUCUCAAAAAUGCUACAAACCAAAAGUUACACCACGAUCACUCUCUUGCUGCACAACCCACGUGUUUAUUGCAUCAAAUGAUCUACAUUACUUCAGACAGAACGUCCCAUUUCUAAUUAUUCAAUACGAUUGUCUGCAUAUGUGCCACAUAAAAUUAUAAUCACAAAAAUUCCAUUAUUCUCAUCUCUGAUUCAUUCAGACAACUGAACAGCAAUUGAAGGAAGAUGAGCGGCAGAGAAAAAAAUGGUCUACAUGCGAUAUCACAGACUAAGAUCUACUAUUAUCGAAAGUAGAGUAACACUGAAUAAAUCCGGUGAUGUCCAACGUUGCUGUAUAUAGCAGGAGAAGUACAUUUUCUGUGGCAAUUGUGGUAAAAUACAACAUGUUGAUCCAUACCAUAUGUCUUACAGGCUUUGUAAAAUUUUUAAUUUACACAGAAAAGUUCUUAAAAAAUAUAAAUAAAAAAUAAA